AUGGCUCUGGGCAGACACCUCUCCCUGCAGGGACUCUGUGUCCUCCUCCUCGGCACCAUGGUGGGUGGUCAAGAUCUGGAGCUGAGGCUGAAGGAUGGAGGUCGCCGCUGUGAGGGGAGAGUGGAAGUGAAGCACCAAGGAGAAUGGGGCACAGUGAAUAGUUACAAGUGGGGCUUAGAAGAGGCCGCUGUGGUGUGUAGACAGCUGGGUUGUGGAGCUGCUGUUGAUGCUUUCCAAAGAGUUCACUUUGGAUCAGCAGUUGGCCCCAUUUGGUUUUAUGCUAUUUACUGCAGAGGGACAGAGUCAGCUAUCACGGAAUGUACUUAUAGUGCUGUUAAAGACUAUCGUCCUGAGGGCCUUUCCCAUGACCAGGAUGCUGGUGUAGUCUGCUCAGGAUUUAUGCGUCUAGCUGAUGGAGAUAGACCCUGCUCGGGGCGAGUAGAAGUUCAUUCUGGAAAAGACUGGACCCCAGUGUCUGAUGGGAACUUUACAUUCCCCACUGCACAGGUCAUCUGUGCAGAGCUAGGAUGUGGCAAUGUUGUGUCUGUCCUGGGACACGUGCCCUUCAGAGAGUCAGAUGGCCGGGUCUGGGCUGAAGAGUUCAGGUGUAAAGGAGAGGAGCCUGAGCUCUGGUCCUGCCCCAGAGUGCCCUGUCCAGGGGGCACCUGUCACCACAGUGGAGCUGCUCAUGUUGUCUGUUCAGUGUACACAGAAGUCCGACUCAUGAAAAAUGGCUCCUCUCAGUGUGAGGGGCAGGUGGAGAUGAACAUUUCUGGACGAUGGAGAGCACUCUGUGCCUCCCACUGGACUCUGGCCAAUGCCAAUGUUGUCUGUCGUCAGCUCGGCUGUGGAGUCGCCAUCUCCACCCCUAGAGGACCACACUUUGUGGAAGGAAGUGAUCAGAUCUCAACAGUCCGAUUUCACUGUUCCGGGGUGGAGUCCUUUCUGUGGAGUUGUCCUGUGACUGCCCUGGGUGGUCCUGACUGUUCCCAUGGCAACAUGGCCUCUGUGAUCUGCUCAGGAAACCAGACCCAGGUGCUGCCCCAGUGCAACGACUCCAUGUCUGAACAAGCAGGCUCUGUAGCCUCAGAAGAGAGCGCCCCCUACUGCUCAGACAGCAGACAGCUCCGCCUGGUGGACGGGGGCGGUCCCUGUGCCGGGAGAGUGGAGAUCCUUGACCAGGGCUCCUGGGGCACCAUCUGUGAUGACGGCUGGGACCUGGACGAUGCCCGCGUAGUGUGCAGGCAGUUGGGCUGUGGAGAAGCCCUUAAUGCCACAGGGUCUGCUCACUUCGGGGCAGGAUCAGGGCCCAUCUGGCUGAACGACUUGAACUGCACAGGAAAUGAGUCUCACGUGUGGAAGUGCCCUUCCUGGGGCUGGGGGCGGCACGACUGCAGACACAAGCAGGACGCGGGGGUCAUCUGCUCAGAGUUUCUGGCCCUCAGGAUGGUGAGCGAGGACCAGCAGUGUGCUGGGUGGCUGGAAGUUUUCUACAACGGGACCUGGGGCAGUGUCUGCCGCAGCCCCAUGGAAGACAUCACUGUGUCUAUCAUCUGCAGUCAGCUUGGCUGUGGGGACAGCGGAACCCUCAACUCUUCUGUUGCUCUUAGAGAAGGUUUUAGACCUCGGUGGGUAGAUGGAAUCCGGUGUCGGAACACGGAUACUUCUCUCUGGCAGUGUCCAUCUAACCAUUGGAAUUAUACUUCAUGUUCUCCAAAGGAGGAAGCCUACAUCUCAUGUGCAGGCAGCAGACAGCUCCGCCUGGUGGACGGGGGCGGUCCCUGCGCCGGGAGAGUGGAGAUCCUUGACCAGGGCUCCUGGGGCACCAUCUGUGAUGACGGCUGGGACCUGGACGAUGCCCGCGUGGUGUGCAGGCAGCUGGGCUGUGGAGGAGCCCUCAAUGCCUUGCAAUUUGCUGAAUUAGGUCAGGGAUCAGGGCCCAUCUGGCUGGAUGAACUGAACUGCGGAGGAAAGGAGUCCCACGUGUGGAGGUGCCCUUCCCAGGGCUGGGGGCGGCACGACUGUGGGCAUGCAGAGGAUGCUGGGAUCGUCUGCUCAGGAUUUGUGCGUCUGGCUGGAGGAGAAGGACCCUGCUCAGGGCGAGUAGAAGUGCAUUCUGGAGAAGACUGGACCCCAGUGUCUGAUGGAAACUUCACACUCCCCACUGCCCAGGUCAUCUGUGCAGAGCUUCAGUGUGGCAAAGCUGUGUCUGUCCUGGGACAUGGGCCCUUCAGAGAGUCAGAUGGCCGGGUCUGGGCUGAAGAGUUCAGGUGUGAGGGGGAGGAGCCUGAGCUCUGGUCCUGCCCCAGAGCGCCCUGUCUAGGAGGCACAUGUCACCACAGUGGAGCUGCUCAGGUUGUCUGUUCAGUGUAUGCAGAAGUCCGGCUCAUGACAAACGGCUCCUCUCGGUGUGAGGGGCAGGUGGAGGUGAACAUUUCUGGACGAUGGAGAGCGCUCUGUGCCUCCCACUGGAGUCUGGCCAAUGCCAAUGUUGUCUGUCGUCAGCUCGGCUGUGGAGUGGCCAUCUCCACCCCUAGAGGACCACGCUUUGUGGAAGGAGGAGAUCAGAUCUCAACAGUCCGAUUUCACUGCUCGGGGGCUGAGUCCUUCUUAUGGACGUGCCCUGUGACUGCCCUGGGUGGUCUUGAUUGUUCCCAUGGCAACACGGCCUCUGUGAUCUGCUCAGGAAACCAGACCCAGGCGCUGCCCCAGUGCAAUGACUCCCUGUCAGAACCAGCAGGCUCUGCAGCCUCAGAGGAGAGCGCCCCCUACUGCUCAGACAGCAGACAGCUCCGCCUGGUGGACGGGGGCGGUCCCUGCGCCGGGAGAGUGGAGAUCCUUGACCAGGGCUCCUGGGGCACCAUCUGUGAUGACGGCUGGGACCUGGACGAUGCCCGCGUGGUGUGCAGGCAGCUGGGCUGUGGAGAAGCCCUCAACGCCACGAGGUCUGCUCACUUUGGGGCAGGAUCAGGGCCCAUCUGGCUGGACAACCUGAACUGCACAGGAAAUGAGUCUCACGUGUGGAGGUGCCCUUCCCGGGGCUGGGGGCGGCACGACUGCAGACACAAGGAGGACGCGGGGGUCAUCUGCUCAGAGUUCCUGGCCCUCAGGAUGGUGAGCAAGGACCAGGAGUGCACUGGGUGGCUGGAAGUUUUCUACAACGGGACCUGGGGCAGUGUCUGCCGCAGCCCAAUGGAAGACAUCACCAUGUCCGUGAUCUGCAGACAGCUUGGCUGUGGGGACAGUGGAAGUCUCAACUCUUCUGUUGCUCUUAGGGAAGGUUCUAGACCCCACUGGGUAGAUGGAAUCCAGUGUCGGAAAACUGACACCUCUCUCUGGCAGUGUCCUUCUGACCCUUGGAAUUACAACUCAUGCUCUCCAAAGGAGGAAGCCUAUAUCUCGUGUGCAGGAAGAAGACCCAAGAGCUGUCCAACUGCUGCCCCCUGCACAGACAAGGAGAAGCUCCGGCUCAGGGGAGGAGACAGCGAGUGCUCAGGGCGGGUGGAGGUCUGGCACAGUGGCUCCUGGGGCACCGUGUGCGAUGACUCCUGGAGCCUGGCAGAGGCCGAGGUGGUGUGUCAGCAGCUGGGCUGUGGCCAGGCCCUGGAAGCCGUGCGAGCCGCAACAUUUGGCCCUGGAAAUGGGAGCAUCUGGCUGGAUGAGGUGCGGUGCGAGGGCCGGGAGUCCUCCCUGUGGGACUGUGCUGCAGACCCCUGGGGGCAGAGCGACUGCAAGCACGAGGAGGAUGCUGGUGUGAGGUGCUCUGGUGCAAGGACAACAUUGCCCUUAAAUACAGCAGGGACCAGAACAACCUCAAAUCCCCUCCCUGGCAUUUUCUCCCUGCCUGGGGUCCUCUGCCUCAUCCUGGGGGCCCUUCUCUUCCUGGUCCUCAUCAUCCUGGUGACUCAGCUGCUCAGACGGAGAGCAGAGCGCAGAGCCUUAUCCAGCUAUGAAGAUGCUCUUGCUGAAGCCGUGUAUGAGGAGCUCGAUUACCUUGUGACUCAGAAGGAGGGUCUUCUCGACAGCCCAGGCUUCCUGUCAGAUGGGGAGGACAAUGACUCCAGGUCUGCACCAGAUCAGAGGACUGAUGCCCCUGGUGAGGAUUAUGAUGAUGCUGAAGAGGUACCAGUGCCUGGGGCUCCUCCUGCCUCUCAGGGGAGCGAAGAGGAAGUGCUCCCAGAGAAGGAAUAUGGGAUGAGGUCCUCUCAGACAGGCUCUUCUCUAAAUGUUUCUAGAGAAGAAGCUAAUCCUGGGGAAGGAGAAGAGAGCCCCUGGCUGCUCCAGGGGGACAAAGGGCACCCUGAGUAUGAUGAUGUUGAACUCAGUGUCCAGGGAACAUCCACAGUGACUUUCUGGUGA